AAUAAUGCAUGUGUCGGAAUCAACCGACAGGUUCUAGAUUUGCGCGAAGCUACCGUGUGUGCGCGCGAAAUCCGAGAUUCGUUUGUCAAGUCUAGUCCGCCUUCGGUUAGUUCGCGAUCAGUUACUUACGGCAAAGGAUGAAAGUGAAAUUUAGGUUUUUUCAGUGAACGCAAAGGUGCUGGUCUUUAGGGACUAAAAGUUUCAAAAAACAAAUCGGAUGGAUUAUACGGUGUGUUUGUGAGAAUAAACUGUUUAUGCAGUUUGUGGCAGAAUAAAGGGUAUCAAAAACAUAACUUAACAUCAAGGUGCAUCACAACACUGAGAGACGCCAAUCUAGUAGAAAUGCGCCAAAGGUAAUGAUCAAAAGCAUUAUGGGCCGUGUGAAACGUGAGACAAGUUUCAUGUCAAUUCUUCAACUGAUAUCCGGGAGUUUGGUCGUUCUGCUCUUGGGCAGAUCAUAUGGAAGUGAUGAUCACCUGUGCAUUCGAUACGAGAGCUACACUGAACUCGAGACAGUCCCCCGCAACCAAACAGUCCAGGUACUUACCAGGGAAUGGUGCCUGGAGAUUCCACCCCGCUGCACGUCUUAUCGGCCGGAAAUCAAGGAAGUCUACGUGAAACUGAACGUCACCAAAACUCGCAAGAUCGAAUACUGCUGCGAUGGCUUCGAGGAAUACAGUCAGGAAAACCUCGCCGACAGCGGCACUUCCCCAUUGAAACGCACAUGUCGUCCGAUUUGUCGCGGAGGCUGUGGCCGGGGCUCCUGCGUAUCACCCAACAUGUGCAGCUGUGAGGCUGGAUUCACCGGAAAGCACUGCAUACAACGUUGUCGAAACGGAACGUGGGGCGAGAAUUGCAAAAAUCGUUGUUACUGUCAGAAUUUCUCGCUCUGCGACAGUAAAACGGGACACUGUCGCUGCUCGGAUGGUUGGAUCGGGAACCACUGCGAAUCACCCUGCCCGGCGAAGCACUAUGGGACGCUGUGUAAGAACCGUUGUGAUUGCAACACUACACGGUGCGAUCACAUAACCGGCAAAUGUUUGGCGGACGAUGAUCAUGUAAUGUUCGAUAACAUCACGCGAACGUUGGAGAGUAACUUCUCAGGCGAAAGCACAGAACGAAUAUCGGCAGAACAGUGGAUCAAGGUGGAAUCAACUACCGGUUCUGUAGUGGCUUCUACCACAACAAAAACUGGGAUCAAUAGUUCACUACCGAUCAAUUCAACGCAAUACGCCGAAUCCUACAAAGAGUACAUCCCUUCGAACGCCAACGUUAGCAUGGUACCAAUCCAUCUCCUCACGUCCACCACUGAAGCCGCUAGGAAUGAAACUUUCUACGAAAUUUUGACAUCCACUUCCAGGGUUGAGAUCACUUUCAUCGAUUCAUCUGUUAACAAAAUUGAACAUCACUUGAUAGAGUCAUCCACUCUUGCUGACAGCAGUACCGCGUUGGUUUAUCUGGCCUCCGAGAACCAACCCGACUUGGUAGAAUUUGUGGACGAAAAAGAAUCCUCCAACGGAGAGGAAAACACAGGCGAAGAGGAAGUCAACAAUAAACAAGCGAUUGUCACGAUCUCUUGCUUGCUGCUAACCUUGGUGCUACUGCUCUCGGUUGUAGCAUACAUGAAAAAUCUCAACCGGAAGGCGCUGAAGAAGCAGCAGCAGCAACCUUCUUCGAGUAAACCGAACACCAAUGGCCCGGAUAGCCCGAGAAUUCUGGAUCCCCUACCAGAUCUACCGCGGGUUCUUUACACUAAAGUCAGGGCGAAAAAUCAACGCAACGGAAAUGCUCCACUUGAACACUACGAUGUUCCGGCGAACAAUACCUCCGUUAACAAGUCAUCCCCGUUCAAUUACAACUUUACCUCAACCACUGGUAAGCCGUCGCAAAGCCCGCCCAGAAAGUACAGCUUGGAACACAUUUACGACGAGAUUCAAUAUCCCCCGUUUAGUACGGAGAUGGGCGGCCCGACGGAGGGCAGUAUCUACAAAUCAAUUAUGUCCGAUGCGAAAAUGACGCCCGUGAAAGUUAUCGAUGAAGUCAAAGGAAAGCAAUAAAUUAUUUACGUUUCUACCUGUC